CAGUGCAUAACCUUUUGACACGUGUCCCUAGAAGACGAAACUCACGCACCUCCACUUUGCCUUUCUCUGCUCUUCCUCCUUCUACUGUUACACUUUCCCUUCUCUUCCGAAUAUUCCUCUCAAUUUCUUCUCAAUCCCAACGCAAUAUCCAAAUCCGCAAAGCUCCAUUGAAGCUGCGGUUUUUAUUUUUUAUUUUUUUGAAUUUUACUUGCAGCCAUGACUUCGCCUUUGCCGAAGAAGAAAGACCCAGCAGCUGAAGCCGUCGUGGUCCAACCAUCAUCUCCGCGAUUUCCUGUUAGUACUCCAACAUCGGCGGCUCAACGGAGAAUCGGCAUCGCCGUCGAUCUCAGCGAUGAGAGCGCUUACGCCGUCAAUUGGGCUGUCCAAAACUACCUCCGCCAGGGCGAUGCCGUUAUCCUUGUUCAUGUCCGGCCUACAAGUGUACUAUACGGUGCCGAUUGGGGCGCAAUUGAGCUAUCCAUUACUGAACAUGAUUCUGAGAACCAAACGGAACAGUCCCAGAAAAAGCUCGAGGACGAUUUCGAUCUUUUCACCUCCACUAAGGCCAACGAUCUGGCCCAACCGCUCGUUGAGGCGCAGAUUCCGUUCAAGAUUCAUAUAGUGAAGGAUCAUGAUAUGAAGGAGAGACUUUGCUUGGAGGUGGAAAGGUUGAGGCUUUGCGCAGUUAUCAUGGGUAGCAGAGGAUUUGGGGCUUCCAGGAAGAAUACCAAAGGGGGGCUAGGCAGUGUGAGUGAUUACUGCGUGCAUCACUGUGUUUGUCCUGUGAUUGUUGUGAGGUUCCCUGAUGAGAAGGACGGUGUUGCUGCUGAGGGGCCAGGUGGCGGUGUUAAGAAAGGAGAGAAGGAGGGGGAGAUGCUGCCGCCUGUGGUGGAGGCGGAGGAGCAGGAGUAUCUUGAUGCUUCUGAUAAACAAGCAGGUAUGGAGAAGGCUUCUUGAAUGGAUAAUGGAGAAUUGGUGAUGCCAAGAUGCCAAGGUUAAAAUGUGCUGGAUGGUUAUACAAUCUUGUCUUGCAAAAAUCUUUUGUAGUACUGAUCCCUGUUUAUUCACAUCUGUACUGCCUUGCAUCUGGUUUGGGAUGAGGAACAGGGGAUGAUCACUUGCCUUGGUUCUUUUCAAGCCCCUUGAUACAAUAGGCUUCAUCUUUGUUCUUUAUCUUGUGAUGAAAUGUCAGAUGAAAUCUGUUCUCCCGAGUUGCAUGCUAUAUAAUAUCAAUGUUGGAUCAAUGUUGGAUAUCUAAUCCGAAAACUUCCUUUCGAUUUGGGUUGCUCUUUUUUUGUUUUAACCUGGUUGCAGAAGGAACAACUCUGGAGCUUGUGCUGGCAGGGUAAUUCAAGCAAUCCAGUGCAUCAGUUGUUGAGGAUGAGCUUUUAAGAUUUCUUUGUGAUAGAGAAUGCGGGUGCAUCGUUAAGAGAAUGAUAAUUUUUAGCUGGCGAAAAGGAAAGAUUAAAACCUCAAGACUUUUUAUAACUUUGAUUUAACGACUUUUGAGUUUGUGAAGUUGCUAAACUAGUACAUAUCUUCUUAAAUUUUAGCUUUUGAUCUC